AUGACCAUAGCCGAGCCUCCCAGGGCGGGCUGCACCGCUACCACCGCUGUGGCUGAUGCCAAGGCAGCGGCGCCGCUUCCCACCGGGCUUCCCAAGGUGGCUGAGGGCGCAGUGAAGCACAAGGUGGUGUUUGUGCUGGGCGGCCCCGGGUCGGGCAAGGGCACGCAGAGCGCUCGGCUGGUGCAGGAGUUUGGCGUGGUGCACCUCAGCGCCGGCGACCUGCUGCGGGAACACAUGAAGAGUGGCAGCCCCGAGGGUCAAAUGGUGGCAGACAUGAUCAAGAACGGCCAGAUCGUGCCCUCACAUGUGACCAUCAGCCUGCUGCAGAAGGCAAUGGACGACAGCGGCAAGCACAAGUUCUUGAUAGACGGCUUCCCGCGCAACGAGGAGAACCGUGCCUCGUUUGAGAGCCAGACAGGCAUCAUGCCGGACCUGGUGCUGUUCUUUGACUGCCCGGAGGAGGUGAUGGAGCGGCGGCUGCUGGGGCGCAACGAGGGGCGCACCGACGACAACAUCGAGACCAUCCGCAAGCGCUUCAAGGUGUUCAUCGACUCCAGCCUGCCGGUGAUCCAGCACUACGAGGCGCUGGGCAAGGUGGCGCGCAUCAACGCCGACCGCGAUACCGAGGAGAUUUAUAAGGAGGUCCGCCGCCUUUUCAUGGAGUUAUGA